AUCUACUCUAAUGGCUUUUGUAUGCAUACCUAUCGUUUGCUUUCUCAUCUUACUUCCAUUUUUCAUCAAGAAACCAAAUACGAGCUUCAUUACGACGAACUGGCCUCUUAUCGGGAUGCUUCCGGGCCUGUUGAUGGUGCUCCACCGGAUCUAUGAUUUCACCGUGGAGCUUCUCGAGAGCUCCAACUUGACAUUUCAAUUCAAGGGUUCAUGGUUGACUGGUAUGGAUAUGUUGGUGACCGUUGAUCCAGCUAACAUUCACUAUAUGUCAAGCUCAAACUUCUUGAAUUACAACAAAGGCCCUGACUUCAAAGAAGUCUUUGAUGUUUUCAAUGAUGUGAUAUUCAACGUGGAUGCGGAGCUUUGGAAGAAUCAUAGAAAGGCAGCGGAGGGCAGACUCAAACAUCAGGCCUUUCCCGGACUUUCAAUGAGUGUCACGCGAAAUAAACUCAAGAACGGGCUUGUGCCUGUUUUCGAUCAUUUUGCAAAGGAAGGGAUGGUCCUGAACUUGCAAGAUGUGUUCCGGAGAUUCACUUUCGACACAUCCAUGGUUCUAAUAACUGGUUCUGAUCCUACAAGUCUCUCCAUCGACAUGCCAGAGAAUGAGUUCGACAAGGCUCUUACUGAGGCUAUAGGAGGGAUUUUGUAUAGACAUAUAAAACCAAGAUUCUUGUGGAAGCUACAAAGAUGGAUGGGAUUGGGAAUAGAGAAGAAAAUGUUAGAAGCUAAUGACAUUUUCUUUCGUGUGUGUGCCAAAUACAUAUCAGCUAAGAGAGAGGAGGUAAGACUACAAGGCAUUAGUCACCAUUCCCCUCGUGGAGAGUGUGAAGAUUUGUUAACGUCUUACAUUAAGCUAGACACAACCAAGUACGAGAUCUUGAACCCUAGUGAUGAUCGAUUCCUCAAAGAUGUCAUCUUGAGUUACAUUGUAGCUGGGAGAGAUACCGUUACCGCUGCACUUACUUGGUUCUUCUGGCUUCUCUCAGAAAACCCUAACGUGGCGGCCAAGAUUCGCCAAGAAAUCAACAAGAAUCUGCCAAAAUCAAAUACUGGCCAGGUGAAGUCAUCUUUUGACCCCAUUGAGCUCAACAAGCUGGUGUACUUACAUGGCGCGUUGUCUGAAUCAAUGAGGUUAUACCCACCAGCUCCCUUCGAACGCACGUCUCCCAUAAAAACAGAUGUGCUUCCAAGUGGGCAUAAAGUCGAUCCGAACUCCAAAAUACUUAUCCUUAUCUACGCGCUUGGGAGGAUGAAAGCUGUAUGGGGAGAAGAUGCCUCUGAAUUUAAACCAGAGAGAUGGGUUACCAAUACAGGUAGCUUAAGGCAUGAACCUUCCUUCAAAUUCUUAGCGUUUAAUGCUGGCCCGAGAACUUGUCUUGGUAAGCAAUUAGCUAUGAAUCUGAUGAAGACAGUUAUUGUUGAGAUAUUACAAAACUAUGACAUUCAUGUCAUCAAAGGCCAGAAGAUCGAGCCACUUCCCGGUCUUAUUCUUCGCAUGACGCAUGGGCUUAGCGUCACAAUUACUAAACGAGAUCCAGCUUAGUUCAGUCUAUCAUAAACUAAAUCGUAAUAUGAGGCAUAAUAAAACAUUAAGAA